AUGUCAAAGAAGAAGUCUAGUUUAGGAAGACAAAAAAUUCCUAUUGAAAAAAUACUAAAAAAAAGUCAUUUGCAAGUUACUUUUUCUAAACGGCGUUCGGGACUAUUUAAAAAAGCUAGUGAACUUUGCACUCUUUGUGGUGUUGAGAUUGCAAUUGUAGUUUUCUCUCCGGCUGACAAGGCAUUUUCUUUUGGUCAUCCAGAAGUUGAGUCUAUCGUUGAUCGUUAUUUGACUCGCAAUCCUCCACCAGAAUCUAGUGCUCACCAACUUGUCGAGGCUCAUAGAAAUGCUAAUGUUCGUGAUCUCAAUAUUCAAUUGACUCAACUUCUUAACCAUUUGGAGAUUGAAAAGAAACAAGGGGAAGACAUAGAACAAGUGAGGAAAGUUAGGCAAAGCCAAUUUUGGUGGGAGAGUCCAAUUGAUGAGCUUGCCUUGCAUGAAUUGGUUCAAUUAAAGGGAUCUAUUGAGGAGUUGAAGAAGAACAUGAGAAAAUUUGCUAACAAAUGCAUCAUAGAACAAUCUAAUGCAUCUUCGUCAAACAUGGGAGUUAAUGAAUUUGGAUGUUAUGAUUCAUUUGACAACAAAUUUGGCCGUGGGAUCAAUAUUGUUCCCACUCAUCCUAAUGCAUAUUAUCUUGGUUUUCGAAACGGGUAUCUUUGA